AUGGCUUUCUGUUCGACCUGCAACCGAGUAUUCAAGGACGACGCCGCGCUGUCGAUGCAUCUACGAGACAGCAAAGUGCACGACUCCGAGUCCGCGGCGACAACGCAAGAAGCUGUUGCCUGGAAGUGCGUGCGCUGCGAGACGGGGUUUGAUUCGAAGGAGGAGCUGAGGAUGCAUGUGCUUUCGUCUGAGAAGCAUUUCGCGUGCGUGGCGUGUUUGGAGGGCGGGGAGUGGCAGGACUUUUUGACGAAGAGGGCGCUGAAGAGCCAUAUUUGGGGGAAGCACAAGCGCCACGGCUCGGUACAGGGAAGUGAUGAGUCGAAGGAGGACAACAAAGGGAAGGGAAAGGCGCGAGAGACGCCGCUGGAUGGAUUCUUCACCUCGUUUGUGGGAUUCGUGUACGAUGCUCGUUUGUCGCCGGAGGCGUCGUGGAAGAAGCUGAGGCGGUUCAAGGGCUGGAAGGGUCCGCCUGAGAGGAGGAGUGAUGCGGAGAAUGACGCUUGGGGGGGUUAUCAGGGGGCGCUCGUGAGGGAGGUUGAGAUGUGGUUUGGGGAUGAGAAGGAUUUGACGGCGUGGUGGACGCUUUGCAAGGCGGUGGGCAAGGUUGAUCCGCCGGAUGAGAUUCAAGAGUGCAAAAAGAUUCUGCGGACGACGCAUGUCAACAUUGUCGACUUGAUCAACUGGGGCAGGAAAGGCGGAAACGAGAAUGAAGGGAAAAAGGUCAGAGUGUUCACGUCUGUGGAGGAGCUGAAGGAUUACAGCGUGAAGAGCAAAAAGAUAUUCAAGAAGGAGCAAUUGAAGUCGUAUAGUGGAGGGAAUGUGGUGUUGAAGCACUUGUUGAGGGUGUUUUUCACUCAGGGACGGCGGCUGGUGUACAUGCGGUGA